UGCCUGCCUGCAGUGACCCUCAAAAGCAACUCUCCUGAUUGGUCCAUCCAAGACAAUCCUCACCUGACUCACACAUUUGAGCAAUGCAUGACACAGGACUCUUGUCACAAAGGCCUGUGCUGCUAACACACCGGCUCUAGCAACCCUCUGAGCACCCUCCACCACCCACCACGGCUGCUGCUGCUGCUGCUUGCUCUGGCUGCGGCAGAGGGAACAGGGCAAGGGGGAGAUGAGUGGAAAGAUGCUGCACUGACUUCCAGCUACCAGUUUCCCCCCCGCCUUCCAGCUAUGGCUGUGCCAGGGGACAAGGUCUACAGCAGCUGCCUCCCUUUUGGCGAGACGCACCAGAAGCUGCUAGCCACCAUCCUGAUCGUGCUGGGACUUCUCGCUUUACUGGAAUAUGCCGUCAGACUGAUUUCCUUGGUAAGCACUGGGACAAAGAUGGAGGGCUGCUGGAUUGGCAUCUCUCCAUUAAUGAGGAAAAUACAUGACUCCUGCUUCAAGAAAGGCGGCCAACUUCUGAAGACCAUGAAGGUCCUCUCCAGCAGCAAGAGACUGUGGAAGGAGUCGCUGCUGCUCAGAGGCCGCAAGAAGCUCUCCAGCAUGCGCUUCCGCUGCAUCGUGGACCCCGUCAAAGUCACGGUGAAGAUGAGCAGCCUGCAAGAGCCCAAAGCGUGCUGCUCGCAGGGCGGCCGCAAGAGCAAGGCCUACUACUCAGGCGAGUGGUCCAGCCACCAUGACACAGACGACAAGAAGGCCAGUUGGUACAGGAGCCAGCAACGCCGACGGAGCAGCCAGUGCAGCUCCCACCCCUCGGACACCGAAACCCCCCAGCCGGCGUGCCCUGCCGGGUCCGUCGCCUCCUGGGUGCGUUUCAACUUCAGCCCCCCGCAGCGCACCGCUGAAGCCGCAAGCAGCUCGGCCCGCUGUGGGGCCCACGCGCGGAGCCACCAAAGAGCCACCGGCGACAAGCAGCACAGUUUGGACGUCGCCAGGGAGGGUGCCCAGGGGCAGAGGUUCCUGCAGCACUCGGUGGGCAUGAACACCGAGGAGCCUGCUCCCCGCUGCCCGGAACCCCCUCACGAGCACUUCAACCGCCAGUCCAGUGAGACAAAUUUCAUCCCCAGCCCCAUCUUGCCAGGCCCUAGGCGAGUGGUGUACUCUGCCCUGGCUUCGGAUGCAGCGUCCAGGACCCACCUCAACGGCGAGGAGUACCCCUACCCACAUUCCCCAAGAGGGCCGCGGCACCGCCUCGGGCCAGAGUGGCAGCAGCGCUUGCCCGCGGCGCAGCAGGCCGAAGUGUAUGUUUACCUGGUCAGCCCUCCGCUGCCCAGCCCGGAACACAACCCCGACCAACCCAACCACCCCUUCUCCGCAUCCCAAGGCAUCUCCAGAAAGGACGUUCUGGCCAACAGGAUGUCUCUCAGCCACAGCAGGGGCAGUUCCAGCCAGGGACCAGCAGGGCAGGGGGGCAGCGACACCCACAAGCAGCGCAAGAGCAUCUGGGAGAGGAAGCACCAGCAGAGGUCCCUGCAGCCAAAUCCGGACUACGAGAAGCUGGCAGGAGGCAGCGGUGGCGCCAGCCUGGGCCACCACGAACCCUUCUCCCACAACCCCCCUCUCUUAGCGGACAGGGGGAGGGGAGGGCUCGAUGCAACACCACCCACCAUUGCCAGCUGAAGGUGCCUUUUGGCGGGGACGGGCUCCUGAAAGGAGCAAACGGCAACCUCUCCCGUUUCGUUGAAUACCCUUUGAGCGUGCUCGGGUCAAUAAAAAAUUGAAGGCAAGGCAUAAACA